AUGCUUCUUUUACUGGAUAUUCAAAUAACCCGAAUCAACUGCUAUGAAGUUAUUUGGCCUUACAUUUUCUGCAUGUGUUUUCAAGCCGUCAUGAUGUUGAUGAUAUUAUUCGACAUCUUCAUCAUGAUUUACUUACCUAUUUGGUGAGGUUCACAAUAAAAAGGUAUAAAGAAGGUUGUCUUUUAGGUACAGGAAUACUGGAACUAGGAAAUAUGUCGGGAUGAUGCUAAUUCUUCCUGUAGCCUAUGGCGCUUUGGUCAUGAUUUGGGGAUUUAUAUUGAUGGACGAUGAAAUUGUUGUUUUCUGCAACCCUCCUAUAGGUAAUUUUUGAAAAACAGGAAAAAAAACUUGAAAAAAUCUCCACAGGCUUGCACCCAAUCGUCAGCCGAUUCUGGUCUCUAUCCAACGUUUUUCUGAACACUUUGGUUCUAAUCGCCUUUAUCGCAUUAAUGUUUGUGAUAUAUCACAAAGGUAACAUGAGAAAACCUUGAAGUUAAAAAAAGCGACUUUAUAGGCCGGAAAAGCCGAGACGCCAAAAAAAUAGUCCGACAUUUGAAAGUGACCAUGACGGCGUUUGUAUUUUCUUGGUACACUUGUCUAUUUGGCGUGGAUAUUUGGGUAACUCUUGGGUUUCAAGGCAACGCCCUUAUUUUCCUUCAAAGCAACAUGGUUGGUUUCAAAAUAAAACAAUUGAAAUAGUUUUCUAGGUCUUUUUCGCUUUAUUAUGCUAUUCCCAAUCGUAUUUUGUACUCAUGUGGCGGUCGAAGGAAUAUCGUCAAGCCUUCCUUAAGGUAACGAAGUUCACUUUGAAAAAUCUAUCAGAAUAAGCUCAGGUCUGGAGCCGCUUCGAACGGGUUCGCCGACUAA